AUGCCGGGCCGCGCUCACCUCUCGCGCCACGUGCAGCGCGCGCCGCCGCCCCGGAAGCGAUCGCGCCCGCCCCGCCCCGCCCCGCGCAGGCGCUGUCGGAGCCGUUGCCGCGGCAACGCGCGGGACGCGGCAAUGGCGGCGGACGAGUCGCGGCCGAGCGGCACCGGGCUCGCCGCAGGUGGGAGCCCCGGCCCCGGCUCCGCUCGGAGCCUCCCGGACAGGGGUUCCGCACUGCCUCCCCGAGCCCUCUGGGCUCUUCAGGCCGCCGCUCCCCGCUGCCCGGCCAGCCCCGCCCUCAGCCGGGCACGGGGCUGUGCCCGCCCCACACUGGGUGCCCAAAACCGCCUCUCUGUCCCCCCGCACCAAGUCCAUGAGCGUUUCUGCUCAUGGGCGUGGUGUUGCUUUAAUGUCGCAUCUUCCCCAGAGACACGGCCCGAGUGUGUUCCCGCUGCAGCCGGGCCGUUCCGCCAGUGUCGGGGCCUGUGUCUCGCCCGGCUGUGGGCUCCCCUGGCGGGGUGCGCUCUAACCGGGUCCGUACCGCCCUGCGGAGGCACACAGGCCGCCGAGCCGGUGCCUUUGGAAAGAGCAAAGUUGCAGCCAUUACUUAUGGAACAACUUUUUUCUGACCCUGCAACCCAGUAUCGGGUUCCCACACUUGGGGAAGCCCCUUCUGGAGACCCCCCUGAUCCAAAAAAAUGUUCUCCUCGAGAAUACUUGGAGUUUUACAUAUUCCCAGUGCUCUUACCCGGACUGGCUGCUCUUGUGGAAGAAGCAGAGAAGGAGAAGUGCUUUGAGGGGAAAAGAACCAAAUUUAUUCCCUCUGAUUUCCUAACUGAGUGGUUAUACAACAAGAAUCCAAAGAGGAAAGAUGAGUCAUUCACAGAAUUGUUUUCCAUUCCUUUUGUUAAGGACUGGCUAAAGGACCAUCCUAGACCACCAACUCCUCUAUCUCUGCUUAUAUCAGAAGAAGAAGCAAGCAUACUAAUUCAGUCCUUCUGGAGAGGUUAUCGGGUUCGUUGUGAUAGUGAAAUACAAGAGCUACGUCAGUGGCAAAAGAAGCUGAGACAGGAGAGGCACAUUACUGAGGUAGUGAAAAAAUUCUGGAUUAAACAGGAAGCCAAAGGCAAGUGCAUUAAAUUUGGAGCCCAGGAGCCUGGUUUAGAUGGGGAGAUGCAGCCGCUGCCCCGUUCCGAAGGCAGCGCUGUGCCCCCGAGGCCGCUGCCAUCCCCCGCUCCCUGCCAGCGGCGCUGCCGGCUGCCUCCGGCACGGUCCCCGGCUCUGCUCCCUCGCCCUCGGCAGGCUUUUCUGCUGGAUCAGCCUGCCAGGCUCAGCCGGCAGUGA